AUGAACCUCUACCUUCAAUCAACCUUCGACUCACCCUUCAACGGGACUUACGUCGACAACCAAGGCCAGCCCGUCUACCGCGUAGACACGCCGCUCGCGCUGACCGGGCGCACAGCUACUAUCGAGAAGGCAAUCUGGACGGCCAACUCCACCACGCAAGCUGGAACUGGCCAGGCAGGGAUGGUGUACACGAAGCUCGCAGAGAUCGAGUUCCACCGCCUGCGCUCGAGCCGUUUGAGGUUCCAGGGAAGGGAUUGGAGGGAUGAUGAAAUUUUUAUGAAAGGAAGCCUCGGGUCGGUAUUACUGAAUUAUGGAAGGAAUCAUAUUUUCAUGGGCCCUGUCAUGAUGGGGUCGAAUAUUCGUGGAAGUUGGGGAAACAGGGGUCUGAGCGUUGGAUCCCUGGCUGAGCGGCUGUGA